AUGUUCUAUACCACCGGAACUACCUUCCACGCGAGAAGAGAACACGGUUUGUUCAGUCGUUCAGUGGACAACGUUGUUUUCUACAUCGUAUUGGUGAGUUGUAUUGAUAUAUGCAGAGUCAGUGGGCUAGGGGAUUCGGUGAAAAUCCCUGGGGACGUAGUACUGGGCGGACUCUUUCCCAUCCACAGCGCGGGGAUCGGCAAACCGUGCGGCUACGCCAAGAAGGAGCAGGGCAUACAGCGGAUGGAAGCUAUGUUGUAUGCCAUCGAUAUGAUCAAUAAGAGGACCGACUUACUGCCUAACAUCACCCUGGGAGCCCACAUACUGGAUACGUGUUCUCGCGACACAUACGCCUUGGAGCAAUCUAUGCAGUUCGUUGGUCCAAAGAUGGGCCACGUGGACCUAGAGAACGUAGAGUGCCCCAACGGGAGCGACCCAAUUUACAGUCAACCCCAGCCGGUAGCAGGAGUCGCGGGCGCUUCAUCAAGCUCUGUCUCCGUUAUGGUGGCCAACAUACUCGGUUUAUUUCAAAUUCCGCAGAUCAGUUAUGCAUCGACCAGCUCUGAACUUAGUGACAAGUCACGCUAUAAUUACUUCUCCAGAGUGGUGCCACCGGACUCCUACCAAGCCCAGGCCAUGAUCGAUUUGGUGCAAGCGUUCGGCUGGGAGUAUGUCUCCACGGUAGCGUCGGAGGGCAAUUACGGGGAAGGUGGGGUGGAAGCUUUUACCCAACUCGCUAAAAAUACAGGUAUCUGCAUUGCCAAAUCGGAGAAGAUUUAUAUGGAUUCGUUAGAUAGUUCCUUUGAUCGUAUCGUGGAGUAUCUAUUCGAGAAAACACAGGCGAGAGGCGUUAUAACAUUCGUCAACGAGGAUGAUCUUCAACGUUUGCUACAGGCCACUGAACGCAAUAAUAUGACGGGUCACUUCAUUUGGAUCGCCAGUGAUAGUUGGGGGACCAAGGACUCCCCCGUAGAAGAUCAGGAAAGAGUGGCAGAGGGCGCUAUAACAAUUUUACCCAAGCAAACAGCUUUAUCAGGUUUCGACAAGUAUUUUCAGGCACUUAACCCGACUAACAACACCCGCAAUCCUUGGUUCAAGGAAUUCUGGGAGAGUUUUUUCAAAUGUAAAUUCAACGAAUCCGUGGCUGCAAAUGCAGACGUCAUUUGUACAGGACACGAACAAAUUUCUUCUUUAACGGGCUACCGGCAGGAGGGAUUAGUACAAUUUGUGGUAGAUGCUGUUCUGAGUUUUGCUUAUGCGUUACAAAAGAUGAAAGAAGACAGGUGUCCAGACUCCGCAGAGCUAUGUGAUGCGAUGAAACCUGUACAGGGUCUGGAUCUACUGAGUUACGUGCGAAAUGCCCGAUUUACAGGGAGCGCUGGUACGGAGAUUCGUUUCAAUGAUAACGGCGACGCCCCAGGACGAUACAAUAUAUUUCAAUUCCAGUUGGUCAACAACACUUGGACUUAUUUGCCGAUCGGUGAAUGGGAAGAAGUCUUAGAUCUUGAUAUAUCUAAAACAAUAUGGGGUCAGAAACCGCCAGAUUCCGUCUGUUCGCAUCCGUGUCCUUCGGGGAUGGCGAUGAAGAGAAACGUGGGCGAGAAAUGUUGCUGGGUGUGCACAAAGUGCGCUGAAUACGAAUAUCUCCCAGACCAUGCUACGUGCGAAGACUGUGGGCCAGGAUUUUGGCCGAAUGACACAAAAACUGGAUGCUAUGAAAUACCACAAGAAUACACAACGUGGACUUCUGCGUGGGCAAUCGCCACGGGUGCGUUUGCGCUUACGGGAAUCAUUUUCGAAGUGUUCAUCAUCGCAAUAUUUAUCGCAUAUAAUAACACUCCUCUCAUCCGGGCAUCCGGGAGGGAGUUGAUGUUUGUUCUGCUCUUUGGAAUUUUUAUCUGCUAUGGCAUGACGUUCGUUAUAAUGACCAAACCCACCCCAACGAAGUGUUGCAUGGAACGUCUUGGGCUUGGAUUGUGUCUCGUCACCUGCUAUGCGGCCCUCUUAACAAAGACUAAUAGAAUAUCACGAAUUUUCAACCAGGGAAUAAAAAGCGCAAUUCGUCCGAAAUACACGAGUCCCAAGUCGCAAAUAGUUAUAUGUGUUGCGCUGAUAUCGCUUCAAGUACUUGGAGUGACAGUGUGGUUGGUACUGGACCCCCCGCAGACAAGGGUGGAAUAUAUAUCGCGUGAUCGUGCUGUGUUGCGAUGCGCUACUAGCGACUCGACGUUAAUGACGUCAUUAUUGUACAACAUGCUGCUCAUCGUGUUAUGCACUGUCUAUGCAUUUAAGACUCGAAAAAUCCCAGAAAACUUUAACGAAGCGAAGUUUAUUGGGUUUACAAUGUACACCACGUGCAUAGUGUGGCUUGCGUUUCUUUGUAUUUACUUUGGAACAUCCGACAAAGACCCAAAGAUCCAAAUGACAAGCCUGAGUUUUACCGUCAGCAUGAGUGCGUCUGUUGUACUGGUGCUGCUUUUCGUCCCAAAGGUUUAUAUUGUGGUGUUUCAGCCACACAAAAAUGUCCGACAGGCGACCAAAGUUGGAACUCGGUCACAAAGUACUAUGAAUGGUAGGGAAUACACUCGAACUCCAGCCACGAGCUCAUCAGACGUAGCGUUGAGGAUAGCAAGUAGCACAUCGGACACGCGGGAAUCAUUUGACGAUAUCCUGUUCGAAGGCACGGACGUGGCGGAUUUAUCGGCAAUUUAUCUAGGCUGCGAGCGGCAGACGACGAUAUGA